GACAUUUCGGCUUGGCUCCCUGAUCACGCAGUUUACUUCCAUUUCUGACCGUUUUAUUUCCCUCAUGAGAACUUCACGGUGACCUUAAUUCCUCUUCUAGAGAAUUGGAAACUGGGUGAUUCUCUAGAAGCCCGACAAUGACGUCCCAAUAUGCCGCGGAGCUUUGUGCGCUCCUAGUUGAAGACAAUUUCGGAGAAUUGUUUGGGCGCAUCUUCUCGACCUUAAAUCGCUAUGACCGCCUCCCCCUUCCACGCCUGAAAUUCUAUACCCGCCUCACUGAUCGCCAACUCCAUCAUGGCCUCGCCGCCAUGAUCCAACACCACCUUGUAUACCAUUACACGUCUUACGAUGACGGCAUCACUUAUUAUGAGGCCAACCUGCAGUCUGCAUACUACAUAAUCCGGACCGGAAAGAUCCUAGAGUUUAUUGAAGAUCGAUUGGGAAAGUAUGCUGCCACUGUAAUGUCGGCUAUUAUGUUUCUCGGGCACGCCCAAGUCAGCCAUCUUGAAACCCUGCCAGAGCUUCGUCCUCAAGAAUUGAAUAACAACGGUGCUAUUGAUGACUAUGGAGAAACCGGCGAACACGAGGAAACUGGAGAAAAUGGAGAAUAUCCAGAUCAGGAGGGACAGGAAGAGCAAAAGGAUCAGGAGGAGCAGCUCAAUGGGGUCAAUGGUGACCAUGCCUCUUCUGAACAGUCGGCUCUUUUACACCCGACCCUGAAAGCUUUAGCUGCCCACGGUUAUAUCAUCCGUGUGCGGGAAGCUCAGAUGCAGAGCCUCGCCGACAACAUUUUGGACGCAGAAAGAGUGAUAAAAUCGAGGUCUGAUGUAAAAGCUAUGAAAGGCAAGAGAUUUGAAGAAACAGUCAAAGAGGGAACACGAAACUUGAUCAAAGAACGGACGAAUGGAGAUCUUACCCACGGCUUGAGAUUCAAUGGAGUUCCACGGGGUGCCAAACGAAAAUUUGGAGCCGGGGGUGCUGAAGCGCCCAACAAGAAACCCCGAGCAUACUACGCUGCUGUCGAUGAGGACGAGGGGGAUGAAGAGGAAGAGAAUGAAUGGUCUGAUGACGAGAUGGGUCACGACACGAUUCCAAUGGAGUCCGCAUUGGUCGUUCGAGUCAAUUAUGAUAAACUUGACGUUGCUCUCCGGAAUCGCCGGUUUAUCGAGCUUGCUGAGCAAGAUUCAUCGCCUGCAACGGCCCAAAUUUACGACACACUGCUUCGACGGAUUGAGUACCAAACCGUGACCUGUCGAGAUACCGACGAAAGUUCUGAGAUACCUCGCGAAGGGGAGGAGAAUGACAAAUACUCAGUUCCAAUCCAACUAAAUGAGGUGGCCGAGGAUGUUGACCCGCGGUUGGAUCUUGCGGGGUCCAUCGGCCCUAUGGACAUCUCGCAGGUACCCAAUAGACGCGGGAAACGGCCAUUGGAAGACAGCGUCAAUGGUGGUAGCCACGAAGGCACUAACGGGUUAUCAUCUGGUGUUAGUCGAACCUAUGAGGUUGACCAACAUCUUUGCCUUCUAUCUCAACCGCCAUACAAUUUCACGUCUAAAGCUGUCAUCGGUGGCGUGAUCAACUGGACGGUGCGAUUUCGUCAUUUGGCCCGCCAGCUCCGCAAUCUUGAGCUAGAGCGGAUGAUAGAAGCCCGAUAUGGCGAUGUAGCACUGCGCGUUAUCCGAGUUCUUCAUGCCAAGGGCAAAUUGGAUGAGAAGCGUCUUCAAGAGAUCAGUCUUUUACCUUUCAAGGACCUACGACAGGUUCUGGCCAGCAUGCAGGCAGGUGGAUUUGUUGAUCUGCAGGAAGUACCUCGGGAUGCGCAGCGUCAACCCUCGCGUACCAUCUAUCUCUGGUUCUACGACCCGGAUCGCAUCCGGAGUAGCGUUUUGGAAGAUACGUACAAGACCAUGUCUCGAUGCAUGCAACGCUUGAAGUUCGAACGGAACCGACUCAAAGAGUUUCUAGAGAAAACAGAGCGGAGUGAUGUCAAGGGUAAUGAGGAGCGGUAUCUAUCAGAAGGGGAGUUGCAGGUUCUGCAGCAGUGGAAGGCCAAAGAGGCACUUCUUUUGGGAGAAGUGGCCCGGCUGGAUGAGAUGAUCGCUGUGAUGAGAGACUAUUGAUACCAUCCUGUCACGAAUGAUGGAAUGUAAAAAAAAAAAAAAAAAGAGAGAAAGUGAAAAGCCGCAUUUGCAUUGCAUUUUGUUUUAUUUUGGCUAGACAUUACUAUUAUUACUCGAUAGUUUUCAGGAAAGGGCGAAAACAAAGAGUCGAAUUUAUAGGAAGCAAAAAUAGCAUGGAUCUAAUAACAAC